AUGACUCUAUCGUUUGAUGAAGCUGCCACUAAGGUGAAGUCAUUGAAGACGUCACCAUCAAACGACCAACUUUUGGAGCUAUACGCUCUAUUCAAACAGGGCACAGUCGGUGACGUCAACACCGACAAGCCUGGCAUGCUCGACCUGAAAGGAAAAGCCAAAUGGAGCGCAUGGGAAGGCAAGAAAGGAAUGAGCAAAGAUGAUGCCAAGAAAGCCUAUGUUGAACUGGUUGAAAAGCUUAUCGCUGCCAUUGGUCUCGCUUAA